AUGCCGCCUCCACAGAAAAUCCCAAACCUCAAACCUUUCAAGCAGAGGAAGAACUUAGCAACCAGACAACAGGAAGUUGCUGGAAUCCGGGCAAAGUUCCCAAACAAGAUCCCGGUGAUAGUGGAGCGCUACCCCAGAGAGCAGUUCUUGCCCCUGCUGGACAAAACCAAGUUCCUGGUCCCGCAGGAGCUGACCGUGACCCAGUUCCUCAGCCUCAUCCGGAGCCGAAUGGUCCUAAGAGCCACUGAAGCCUUUUACCUGCUGGUGAACAACAAGAGCCUGGUCAGCAUGAAUGUGACCAUGGCGGAGAUCUACAGGGACUACAAGGAUGAGGAUGGCUUCGUAUACAUGACCUACGCCUCCCAAGAGACAUUUGGUUCCUUAGCAUCGGCAGACCCCAGUGACCUCGGGGACAGAUCUGCAGUCCUCAAUAGCCCACUUCAAGAAGAAUUUGUCCUCUGA